GAGGAGCCGGUGCAGAGCGGGCGGCGGCGGCGGCGGAGGCGGCGGCUCCAGCCGGCGCGGCGCGGGGCUCGGCAGCGGGAUUCGGCAGCAGUGCUAGCUCUGCGCUCCGUGCCUCGCUCCCUGCCCGGGGUGGUCGAAGGGCGAGGCGCGGAGUCCCCGUGGCCCGAGGGCGCGAAUCCAGCCUUGUCACAUCAUCCUGCCCCCUUGGUUUUGGAAGUCCUGGAAACAGUCGGUCUGGAGGAGGAGGACAUUGAUGUGCUCAGUUUGCAGCCAGUGGUGAAGAGGAAAUAGUUACUUCUCUGCCCUCGGGUGUGAUCAUGUGUUGGGGUAGAGUGGGGGGCAAGCAGUUGGAGCUACCCCACGAAGCAGGACUGCAGAUGAGGGGACCCCUGGAUCCAGCCUGGCUUCUGGGGACAUCCUGACUGUGCUUUGUAUACCUGCAGAGAUGGCUGCUCCUGUCCCGUGGGCCUGCUGUGCUGUGCUCGCUGCCACUGCCGUCGUCUACGCCCAGAGACACAGUCCUCAGGAAGUACCCCACGUGCAGUACGAGCGCCUAGGUUCAGAUGUGACUCUGCCAUGUGGGACAGCAAACUGGGAUGCAGCAGUGACAUGGAGGGUAAAUGGGACAGACCUGGCCCCCGACCUGCUCAACGGCUCUCAGCUUGUUCUUCAUGGCUUGGAACUGGGCCACAGCGGCCUUUAUGCCUGCUUCCACCGUGACUCUUGGCACCUGCGCCACCAGGUCCUCCUACAUGUGGGCUUGCCGCCGCGGGAGCCCGUGCUCAGUUGCCGUUCCAACACUUACCCUAAGGGCUUCUACUGCAGCUGGCAUCUGCCCACCCCUACCUACAUCCCCAACACCUUCAAUGUGACUGUGCUGCACGGCUCCAAAAUCAUGGUCUGUGAGAAGGACCCAGCCCUCAAGAACCGCUGCCACAUCCGCUACAUGCACCUGUUCUCCACCGUCAAGUACAAGGUCUCAAUAAGUGUCAGCAAUGCCCUGGGCCACAAUGCUACAGCUAUCACCUUCGACGAGUUCACCAUUGUGAAGCCUGACCCUCCAGAAAAUGUGGUAGCCCGACCAGUACCCAGCAACCCUCGCCGGCUGGAGGUGACUUGGCAGACUCCUUCGACCUGGCCUGACCCUGAGUCCUUUCCUCUCAAGUUCUUUCUGCGCUACCGACCCCUCAUCCUGGACCAGUGGCAACAUGUAGAGCUGUCAGAUGGCACAACGCACACCAUCACAGAUGCCUAUGCUGGGAAGGAGUACAUCAUCCAGGUGGCGGCCAAGGACAAUGAGAUUGGGACAUGGAGUGACUGGAGCGUGGCUGCUCAUGCCACACCCUGGACUGAGGAGCCACGACACCUCACCACUGAGGCCCAGGCUCCGGAGACCACGACCAGCACCACCAGCUCACUGGCACCCCCACCCACCACGAAGAUUUGUGACCCUGGGGAGCUGGGCAGCGGCGGAGGACCCUCAGCACCCUUCUUGAUCAGUGUCCCUGUAACUCUGGCCCUGGCUGCCGCUGCCGCCACUGCCAACAGUCUUCUGAUCUGAGCCCGGCAUCCCGUGAGGACAUGCCAGCGCACCUGCAGAGGAGCAGGAGGCCGGAGCUGAGCCCGCAGACUCCAGUUUCUAUUUUGCACACGGGCAGGAGGACCUUCUGCAUUCUCUUCAAACAUAAUUUGUUGAGACCCCGGCAGGCCCGGGCCUGCCACCCCCUAGCCCUGCCACACCACGUUGGCCCUCCUUGGUCCCUCAGGGGAGGAGGACCCCGCAGCUAACCCACCCACCAAAGACCCCCCACCCUGGCCCCUCGGGCUGGACCCUCCAAUGCCAGCGACUCCCAGGAGCCCUUGGGGGGGUCUGAGGGGAACCCCUCACAUCCAUAAUUUCUCCUCCUGCCCUAGCCUCCUGUCUGUCCCAGGGUCUCUGUUGCCACCAUCAGAUUAUAAGCUCCUGAUGCUGGGGGGGCCCAGCCAUCCCCCUCCCCCCAGCACCCACACUUUUCACUCCCCCACCUGUGCCCAUUUUGUAUGACCCUCCCCUUUCCCUGCUCCCACCCCGCAGUAUUUAAUGCCCUGUCAGUCCCUUCUAGUCUGACUCAAUGGUAACUUGCUGUAUUUGAAUUUUUUAUAGAUGUAUAUACAGGGGUGGGAGGGUGGGGGGUUCUC